AGUAAGGUCAGUCAGGUUAGUUUGUUUGGUUUGUCCGUUUGGAAUUUGGUUUGUAACCUGUACUCUCCUCAAAUCAGUGAAAUUUGUUCCCCCCUGCCCGUGGAUUAGCUAACACACAUUGUGUUAGUGAACCACGUUAAAUUUGUGUUCGUUCGUGCUGGUUUGGAUUAUCGAUUGUCACGCUUCUGUUCUGAAAAGUGGUAUCAGAGCCUGGUUCGGUCCGGGGCGGUGGACGUCAGUUCGGUGGACCCUCGCUCGGUGACCUCGGGAUUUGCGAUCUGCGUCUGGUUUGGUGGAUCCACGAGAGAUCCACGUUUGGGCUCAUCUGGCGGAUCGAGGUAGGUCCACGUUUGUCAGGUCGAGAGAUCCACGUCUGUUUGGCGGAUCAAAGAGAGUUCCGCGUCUGGUAAAGUCCUUGUAUCGAGAAGCCCAUCGAUACAAGGCAUCUGGCGGAUCAAGAUAAUCACUGAGGUGAGGACACGAAGUUCGUGGUCCUUGGCUUGAGGGGAGGAUUGUUAUGGGACAAUCCAAGUACCACAUCGGUUAUACAAGGGAAGGAACCCUUGUAUAUUAGUGUCCACCAAUCUCAUUAGUACGAGGCCUUUUGGGGAGGACACCCAAAAGUAAAACCGUGCGGGCUUGGCCCAAAGCGGACAAUAUCGUACUAAUUGAGCUGCCCGGUUAUGACAAGUGGUAUCAGAGUCGGGUUCGGUCCGGGGUGGUGGACGUCAGUUCGGUGGACCCUUGCUCGGUGACCUCGGGAUUUGCGAUCUGCGUCUGGUUUGGUGGAUCCACGAGAGAUCCAUGUUUGGGCUCAUCUGGCGGAUCGAGGUAGGUCCGCGUUUGUCAGGUCGAGAGAUCCACGUCUGUUUGGCGGAUCAAAGAGAGUUCCGCGUCUGGUAAAGUCCUUGUAUCGAGAAGCCCAUCGAUACAAGGCAUCUGGCGGAUCAAGAUAAUCGCUGAGGUGAGGACACGAAGUUCGUGGUCCUUGGCUUGAGGGGAGGAUUGUUAUGGGACAAUCCAAGUACCACAUCGGUUAUACAAGGGAACCCUUGUAUAUUAGUGUCCACCAAUCUCAUUAGUACAAGGCCUUUGGGGAGGACACCCAAAAGUAAAACCGUGCGGGCUUGGCCCAAAGCGGACAAUAUCGUACUAAUUGAGCUGCCCGGUUAUGACAAGUGGUAUCAGAGCCUUUGGUUGCGGUUUUGGGAAUUUGGCGCUGGACUGAAGUUUUGCUUUGUGAAGUUUGGUUGGAGUUUGUUUGAUAGUAAGAAUGGCUGCUAUCAGUAUGAAGAUUGAGAAGUUUACCGGAAGAAACAGUUUCAGUUUGUGGGCUCCAUUGUCUGGAAAAUUGAAGAAGGAAAGUAUAGAUGAAGAAGAGUGGAUUACUUUGGAGGAGAAAGCUCACUCUACAAUCUUGCUUUGUUUAGCUGAUGACAUCAUCAUUGAGGUUGCUGCUGAGAAGACUGCCGCGGGUUUGUGGUUGAAGCUUGAAAGUCUAUACAUGACAAAGUCUUUAACCAACAAGUUGCAUAUGAAGCAACGUUUGUUCAGUUUGCGUAUGGAGGAAGGUACGUCUCUCAGGAAUCUUCUAGAUCAACUCAAUACUAUCUUGCUAGAUCUGCGGAAUAUUGAUGUUAAAAUAGAUGAUGAGGAUGCUGCCUUAAUUCUGUUAGUAUCUUUGCCACAGUCAUAUGAGAAUUUUGUGGAUUCUUUUAUUACUGGGAAAGAUAGUUUGUCUUUGGAAGAUGUCAGAUAUGCUCUACAUACUAGAGAGGUUAGACAUAAGGCAUCUGGUUCUGGUUCGGAAAAUCAGGCAUCUGGGUUGGCUGCUACCGAUGGUAGGAGACAACAAUCUGGUAAUAGGAAGGCGAAUACAAAUUUGAAUUCUGCUGGUUUGAAGGAUGAUAUCUGUCAUUACUGCAAGGAGAAAGGACAUUGGAAAUUUGAUUGUCCUAAACUGAAGAAAUAUCAGGAGAAGAAGGAAUCAUCUGCUGCUGUGGCAGAAGAAACUAACUCUGAUUCUGAAGAUGGUUUAGCCUUAGCAGUGAAUGAACAUGUACAUCAUCAGGAUGUGUGGUAUUUAGAUACUGCAGCUGAUUAUCAUAUGUGUCCAAGCAAGGAGUGUUUUUCAACUUAUGAGCAGAUAGAUGGAGGACAUGUUUCUAUGGCCAAUGGUGCUAUCUGUAAGAUUGUUGGAAGAGGCUCCGUCAGGAUGAGGACACAUGAUGGUUCUGUUUGCACCUUGAACAAUGUUAGGCAUAUUCCAGAAAUGACUAAGAAUCUGAUAUCUUUGAGUCUACUCGACAGCAAGGGUUUCAGCUUCAAAGGUGAAGGUGGAGUGUUGUCUGUCUACAAGGGUUCUAAGGUGAUUUUGAAAGGUGUCAAGCGGGGUGCCUUGUAUAAUCUACAAGGUUCUAUUUUGACAUGUUAUGUUGGUGAUAAGUGCACCAAACUAGUUUUGAAUGGCAAGUCUCAGCAUGGGUUGGACUUGCCGAAUGGUUUGAGUUGUUGAUUACCCUUAGGGGCAUUUGGAGGCGGGGGAGAUUCUGGUACAGCUGAUUUGGAGGAGUUACUAUGUUUGCAAUUUUCUGAUUGCAUCUGAGUUUGGCGAUUUGCAUCGCGUUUGAGUUUAGUGAUUUCGAUCACAUCUGGAUAUCUGGCGAUUCGAUCGCAUCUAGGUAAAUUUGGCGACAUGGAUCGUGUUUGGGUACAUCUGGAAACUUUGGUUGCAUCUGGUACAUCUGGCAACUUUAGUUGCGUCUGGUACAUCUGGUAUUUGAGAGAGAAUUCAAGUCAAGGUGGAGAUUGUUAGAAUAUGACUUGAAUUUGAUUUGGGUUUGUUUUGUGUUUUGGGCCUAUUUUGUUUGGGUUUGUGUUUGGGUUUUGUUUGACCUUUUCCUUGUAUGUAUGGGAAAAUGUGUUUGGUUUUCUGUUUGAGAAUAGGAGAAGAGUUCUAUAAAUACUCUUCAUCACCCUAGUCUGUAGUAAGGUCAGUCAGGUUAGUUUGUUUGGUUUGUCCGUUUGGAAUUCGGUUUGUAACCUGUACUCUCCUCAAAUCAGUGAAAUUUGUUCCCCCAUGCCCGUGGAUUAGCUAGCACACAUUGUGUUAGUGAACCACGUUAAAUUUGUGUUCGUUCGUGCUGGUUUGGAUUAUCGAUUGCCACGCUUCUGUUCUGAAAGAAACCACAAACCCAUCAAUUUGGAGCGCAGAACUUGACCAAGCUGUCAACCCAUGAAACAAAUAGCAAGUAUUGUAAUCCCGAAGAAGAUGUGGUCGAACGACAGGUAUGCAAAAUUGACUGACAUAGACCGGACCUCCCUACUGCAACCCCAACACAGACCUAGAACUUAAUUUUCUAGAUUCAAAAGGAACUUAAUUCUCAAUUGAUUAUAAUCGCAUGAUGAAGGAAAAAAAUUAAGCAACAAUCUACCCACCAAUUUAAAACGCAACCUCGAGAGACCGGUGGAAAGCGAUUCGGAGGGGAAGUCGGAGAAGCAGUCGAACGACCGUUUUAUGAAAGAAGGGUGCAGUUUUAUGUUUCCACUAUAAAUGAUACUCGAGAUGGCAAAUGAAAACUCAGCUUAUCUGUGAUCUGUCCAAAUUUAGUUCAGUUGCAGUACAGGGCAAGUAAGUCAGCUACCACAAACUUAAGUUCAAGCAUCCAAACUCCUCCCCAUGUUCCCACUCUGCCAUCCUUCCCUCUCCUCCUCUGUUCUUAUUCUCUAUUUAUAGUAACAAAAGCAUUAAUAGUUAGGACAUGAAAGAGACAACCUAGUUGAAAUGGUGGGCCUUCCAAGUUCAGGGUAGGAACUGAAGUGGAAAUGCACAGUGCAACACCCAAAAAACAAUAUUGACAAUUCAACUAUCAGUUAGUAAGAGAAUAAGUAACUGGAAUGCGGAAAGUAAAGCUGAAAGCUGAAAUGCAUGAGCAGAGCACAUAUAAAUGCAGAAUGAGAUCGCUAGCAAAUAAUACGAGCAAAAAAUAGGGUUCGUAGCUGGUCGACUGGAGGAGAGGAAUUCGGUGGUCGGCAGGCUUGUUUGGCCUUGCCCGGCCACCGGCAACCACAACCAGCCUUCCCAAUUUGCGACGCCAGUUGGGCUUGGGCCCGGUUCAGUUCAGACGGUCAUUUUGGGUCUCGCUGAAGACGGAAGGACCAAAACCGUAAUUAACCAUUUAGAAACGG